AUGGAUUUGCUCACAACCUCUCCUUCUCUCUCACUCUCCCCCAUCUCCACCCUUUUCCCAAAACAACCCAUUUCUUCCUCCAACCCUAAAACCUUCACCCGUUCACCCUUUUCCCAAUUUCGCACUACCCCAAUCAGUUGCGUCCUCUCAACCGCAUCUCCAAAACCCUCAAACUUCGAAUCCCAUCUUCAAAAACCCUCCAUCACUUUUCAAUUAUCUUCCUCUCAGACUCCGGAAAGGGCCAUGAGAGGUGCUGAAUCGGAUACUAUGGGGUUGCUGUUGAGGGAGAGGAUUGUGUUCUUGGGAAGUGAAAUUGAUGACUUUGUUGCUGAUGCUAUUGUGAGUCAGUUGUUGCUUUUGGAUGCUCAAGAUCCUAAUAAAGAUAUUAAGCUUUUUAUCAAUUCUCCCGGGGGUUCUCUCAGUGCUACAUUGGCUAUCUACGACGCGGUACAGCUUGUGAGGGCUGAUGUAUCCACAAUUGCAAUGGGCAUUGCAGCAUCAACAGCCCCCAUUAUCCUCGGCGGUGGCACCAAAGGCAAGCGUCUAGCUAUGCCCAAUACGCGAAUCAUGAUUACUCAACCACCUGGAGGUGCUAGCGGACAAGCUUUAGAUGUAGAUAUUCAAGCUAAAGAAGUCAUGAACAGCAAGAAUAAUGUCUCUAGAAUUAUAUCAUCUUUCACCGGUCGCUCAGUUGAACAAGUUCUGAUAGAUAUCGAAAGAGAUAGAUAUCUGUCUCCCAUUGAAGCAGUUGAGUAUGGAAUUAUUGACGGGGUAAUCGAUGGAGACAAGAUUAUUCCUCUUUUGCCAGUGCCAGAAAAUGUUGAAGAAAUAACACUAGACACCAAUGAUCGGAAUUUCUUAACCCCAAAUGUUCCCGAGGAUGAGAUAUACUAG